AUGGCGGAAAAAUUAGCAACAGCUGUCAUUGCAGAGAUGUUUUUAGAAGAUAGUGAUGAUGAGGAAUCAACGGAUGACAUACCGUUGCUGUUAAUGGUUUCAUUCCUUGUACAAGGAGAUGACAAAUCACGUAUUAGUGGAUACACUGAAGAUGUGGUGCCCUUCUAUACGGUUGACAGCUUUAGGAGAAUGUUCAGAAUUAACAUAGAAACAUACAAGAUACUUCUUGGAUACAUGGAGGCCCUAGUUUUUAUCCUGCUGGUCAUGGAAGGAGGGAACCUAUUUCCAUCUACCGGCAAUUACUGGUCACUCUGUGAUUUAUUCGCUGGCCAAGUAUCCAAGAGAUGGCAGAUGAAUCACAAGAGUUUUAAGAGAAGAAAUGGUUUUCCCAAUAUUAUAGGGGCUAUUGUUGGGACCCAUAUUGAGAUUAAAGCACCAACAUCACACCCACAGUCUUAUGUCAACAGAAAGGGUUAUCAUUCCAUACAACUCCAGUGUGUGUGUAUGUGUAACAUGGCAUUUUCCAUCGCUGUCAAUAAUCAACCAAAUAUCCAAGUUUUUCAGGAACAGAAUGCAGAAGGAAUUCUUAAGAGAGACAUUUUGGCACGGAUCCUCCAAUGA